GUUCUUGGAAAGCCCUUGGCUCCUCCCUCUUUGUUAGCACCUGGCAGUUUAGCAAAAGGUAAAACUUUUUAGUCCCUUCGGGAGCAUCACUUCUCCUCUUUCCUUUUGGUUAUGGUCUUCGUCCAUUUUGAGCCGUUCUGCUGUCUGCCCUUAGAGCAAGGAAAUAUCAUAUUGCAGGCCCUCUGGUUCCUCGGAUUUCUUGUGGGAGAUACAGUUUGGUUCAAUCAAUCGUUAGGUAGUUGUCAGGAGCCUUCACUGAUCAUUGGAAUCAAAUUUGCUCACCAUCUAAACUAUGCAGCCGCCACGUGUAACUCUCACUAACUCUGGUUAAAAUAUUUUCAGUUUUAUAACUCUUUUAGAGAGAUACUUCAUCUCUUAGAACGGCGUUUCAUCCCUUCCCAAUUGAUUUCACUUUUUUUCUCUGUUCUGCCGUCUUCUUUCUUAAUCAAUCCUCUGUCAAGCAAUUAAUUCCUGCCAAACAAAUCUUCUUCUCUCUUGCGAGCCGCAUCUUCUUUCAACCACUCUCUCCUUCUGCUACUACUUUCCAAAAUCCAUCUCGAUUAUCAUCAAUUCAUCACACUUUUUUUGUGUGUUGGUUUCUGGGCAUACUCCAAGGGCACUUCAGUUCAUCAAUUAUCAUCAAUUCAUGGGAAAUAUGAUCAUCUGUGACUCUGUGUUUAUGUAAUUUCUGGGUAUUUCGAUCAUCAUCAAUUCAUCAAAUUUUUUCAAAGCUCCGAAAAAAAAAAAAAAAUACAAACCGGAAGGACGUAAAAAGAUCGGAAUAUCUAGAAAUCCAUAAAACAAAAGAAAAACAUAUUAGUAAUGAUAGUUUCUUGAAAUUCAUAUUACCAGAGACUCAAAGAGGUAGUGGAAGAGUAGAACUCAGAAAAUUUUCUCAUCAAUAACAAAGAUGAAGAAAAAGAAUACAGUAGAGAGAGAAAGGAAAAGAUAUGGAUGAACCGUGGUGAGAGAAAAACAUAUUAAAAGAAAAAAGAAGAUAAUUAUUAAUAACAGUUAACCAGAGUUAGUGAGAGUUAUACGUAGUGGCUGCAUAUAUAGUGGUGGUAUCACCAAUUGAGUUUAUGUGGUGAGCAAAUUUGAUUCCCUGAAUAUUGUAUUGUCGCCUUCCUAUUUGCGCAUUCAGUCAUGAUUGUAUUUUCUAGCUGAUACUAAUAGUGUUGCCAAUAAAAUUACAGAGAGCCGGUAGAGAAUUAUCUCGAUUGUCAUUUGAGCAUCUGAACCGUUUCCCACUCAUACUCUUCUAGUCUAAUACCAUACGCCCUUAUUUUGACUAGUCUAUUUGAGUGCGAACAAACUUGCCAAUUGUUUCUGGCAAAUAAACAAUAAUUUUUCAAUGAAAACUUCUACAAGUCAGCCAAAAUAAGGGAAAUUGAUUGUUGAAAUAAUAGGUACGCCGUACGCGUACAAUAGCAAGAACGUACCGUGCAAACAAGAAACAUUCCCUGAUUCCCACAUAUUGAGAAAAUUCAGAUGACCUUGUUAAAGAAAAUGAUUCAAUUAUCAAACGAAAAGAUCAGGAAAUUCUUCUACCAAAGAAAAGAAAAGAUCAGGAAAUUCAGUCCAGAAAGAAAAACCAAAAUAGAGUAGUAGAUCACCAUACGAAAUGGUACAUUAAAUUCUUUUCCAAAAAAAGAAAAAGAAUGGGUAGUCUUUAAUUUUGAUUUGCUUUCUUCUCUGUCAAGUUUGAUUGGUAAUAGCUCACUUUUCUGAUGAUCGUGAAGUCCGCAGUUUCUCAGAAACUAGGAGUCUAAUUGACGAGGCAAGAGCUCGAUCAACUACAAAUAAAUUCAACAUGAACCCUCUAUAUAAUCUCCCAGCUACUUCAGAAGAACUCAUGCGAACCUCGAUCAGAUCGUUAAUUUCCAGUGAUUUCAUUCAAAACCUUAAACAGUAGUACAGUGAUACAUUCCAAACCCGCGGCCUAAUACAGUCUACCAUGUAUAGAGUAGCAAGCGCUAAUGAGUAUCUAGUGAUCACCGGUCUCGGAAUAAACGAUAUCAAGAUCAGAAAAAAGUCAUGGGUGCUCCCCGGGCAGUCCUCCACCUUCAUCGACCUCUCCCCUGUCAACUACACCUUCGAAGUCCAAGCCAUGAGCGCCGAAAAACUCCCCUUCAUCCUCCCCGCCGUCUUCACCAUCGGCCCUUUCGACGCCAAGGACUCCCUUAAGAAGUACGCGAAGCUCAUCUCCUCCCACGACAAGAACUCCAGCCACGUCAAGGAGCUCGUCCAGGGGGUCAUUGAGGGCGAGACUCGUGUCCUCGCAGCCUCGAUGACCAUGGAGCAGAUCUUCAAAGGUACAAAAGAGUUCAAAAAGGAGGUGUUCCAGAAGGUUCAGCUGGAGUUGGAUCAGUUCGGUCUUUAUAUUUAUAAUGCCAAUGUGAAGCAAUUGGUGGACGUAGAAGGGCAUGAGUAUUUCAGUUACUUGGGGCAGAAGACACAGAUGGAGGCGGCCAACCAGGCCAAGGUCGACGUGGCCGAGGCUAAAAUGAAGGGGGAGGUGGGCUCUAAGCUCAGACAAGGGAAGACAUUGCAGAAUGCUGCGCAGAUCGACGCGGAGACUAAGAUCAUAUCUACCCAAAGGCAAGGGGAGGGGAAGAAGGAGGAGGCUAGGGUUAACACUGAGGUUAAAAUUUAUGAGAACCAAAGAGAAGCUGAUGUGGCAAAGGCGAAUGCUGAGCUGGCGAUGAAGAAGGCCGAGUGGGCCAGGGAGGCGCAGGUGGCGGAGGUGGAGGCGGAGAAGGCAGUGGCGUUGAAAGAAGCCGAGCUGCAAAAGGAUGUGGAGAUGAUGAAUGCUAUGACUACGACUGAGAAGCUCAAGGCUGAAUUCUUGAGCAAGGCAAGUGUUGAGGCCGAGACCAAGGCGCAAGAGGCGAAUUGGAAUCUCUACCAAAAGCAGAAGGCCGCGGAUGCAAUUCUCUACGAAAAGGAGAAAGAGGCUGAGGCGCAGAGAGCAAUGGCCGAGGCCAAGUUUUAUGGUCGGGCAAAAAUAGCUGAUGGAGAGCUUUAUGCAAAGAAGAAACAGGCCGAGGGACUUGUGGUGCUUGGACAAGCGGAAGGUGUGUACCUGCGCACUCUUAUGGACUCAUUGGGAGGCAACUAUGAAGCGGUGAGAGACUACUUGAUGAUUAAUCGUGGGAUAUAUCAAGAGAUUGCUAGUAUUAAUGGCGAGGCGGUGCGGGGACUUGAGCCGAAAAUUAGCAUCUGGACCAACGGCGGAGAGGGUGGUGCUGACGGCGGCAAUGCGGCUAUGAAGGAGGUUGCGGGAGUUUACAAGAUGUUGCCACCAUUGUUCAAGACUGUUCAUGAACAAACAGGAAUGCUGCCUCCUACUUGGAUGGGCAAUCUACCAGUUGCUGAUAGUUCUAAACCUAAUUGAACUUAUUUGAAUUUUCUCGGCUUUCUUGUCAA